CAAGUUUCCUUAGUGGGGCGGUCCGUGGAGUCCUGAGCUGGUGCAGAUGUGCAUCGUCUCCUGCGAGGACCGUGCACAGUCGGCGCUGCGGGCUGUGGCGCAGUUUGCCAACAUCGCGGGGCAGGUCCAGCAUGACGAGCUGCGAUCUGCUUCUCUGCAGGUGGCGCAUGAGGCAUUGGCGCAGUGCGAGGCGCACGGCCAGCGCUGUGUGGAUUUCCUGCUCACGGCGCUGAGGCAAAGCUGCAAGGCGAACGCCAGCGCAGUGGAGGAUGUGAUAUGGAUGGUCUACAAGGUGGCGCGGCGGAGCGACACGGCGAAGGCCUGGAUCCUGCAGUCCGGGGGCGUUGCGGCUCUCAGGGCAGCUUUGCUGUGCCACGCGGAGCCUCAGCUGCUGGAGAACGGGGUCUGGACUGUGUACGCCUUGGACGGCCUUCGCUCGUUGGCAGAGCUGUUGGAAGGGUGUCGGGGCCCGGAGCCCCGGGAGGCGGCGCUGCGGGCGGCGCUCUGCGGGGUGCUGUACCAAUUGGUCAGCCCGCGGAGGUCCGCCUCAGAUUUUGCGGCCAUGGAGGUGGUGCAGCCGGAGAGUGUGGUAGUGCUCCUCACGGAGGCGCUGAAGAUCGGCGGCUUGGAUGAGGACGCGUUGUGGGCCAGCUGCACGGUGCUGGACACCUUGGUGGACAAGGAUCCGCGCCUGGCAUGCGUCUUUAUGUCGAGAGGAGGCUGUCUCCUGCUGGUGCAAAUGCUGCGCUCGGCCUCGGGGCCAGCUUGCCAGGACCUGCGGAAAGUGGUCGCCUGCCUCAUGAUGACGCUGGCAGAGGCGUGUGCAGAGGCAGCUCAGGCCUUCCGCUCGGCUGGGGCGUGCCAAGUGCUCGCCGAGGAGGGCUUGCAAGGAGAUGGCGCUGACACAGAGGCGGCGAUGUGGGCCAUCGGCGCCAUCGACGGCUUGGAUGCAGUGCUGCAGGCCAUGCGGAGCUGUGGGCUGAGCAAGCCCAGGCUUCUGCAGGGCGGCGCCUGUGCCAUCGGCACGCAUGCCUUCAAGGCCUCAGACCGGGAGCUGGGCCAGCUCCCGGCGGCCUUGGUGCUACUCCUGGAGAUCAUUUCGCAGGAGCAAGCGACCAGCUCCCGGCUUUUGCGCGCUUGCGUGAAGGCUUUGGGCUGUACCUUGGUAGCCCUCACGCCGCACGCUCCACCGGGCCACGUGCCGGAGGUGGACCGAGGCGUUCAGGCCCUGAUUGCCCAGCUGUUGCGGCAGACCGGCGUGAACGCUCCUAGCGCGGAUGAGGAGGACAGCUGGUGGAGAGAUGGCGACGGCUAUUCGUCUCCUGUCGGAGCCGCGCAGGCUGCGGCGGAGGCCAUUGGGCGUAUGGCGUUGACGUCCUCCCAGUGGCGCCCAGUGCUGUGCAAGUGCGCCAUGCAGGCGCUGAUCUCAUGGAUUCGUAGUGGUGUGGAGGACCGCAAGUUUCACAAGUACCUCUUCUGGGCAGCCGCGGCCAUGUCCGGCAUGCCCUUUGUGGCUUCAGAGCUGAAGCUGCACAUCAGCAACGUCUCUGCAGUGGACGCCGCGUUGUGUACCAUCAUCGACAUCCUGGACGAAGAUAUCGACGGUGAGUACACCCUUGCGGGUGCUGAUCGCGGUGAGGCGGAGAUGCCCUCGCUGUUGGCCUUGGUGGUGGAGGCUAUGAAGGUACAUUCCUCUGCGCCAGAGGUCCAAGCACGCGGCGCGGCGUGCGUUGGGCUGCUGGUGCCCUACGUGCCCUUGGCCUCCCUGCAAACGGUGGCGCCGGCUGCGAUCGUCGCGGUGUUGAACGGCGCACGCCGCUUUCCACGCAGGACGGACGUUGUGAGCGGUGCUUCCGCCGCCCUGCGGUCUUUGUGCGAGAUGUGCAGGCGGCGAAGAGACGCGAGUCUGGAGGCUCUGGUUGCCACACUGCGGCAAGAGAAUGCCGCGGAUUGUGUGGAGCAGGCCUUCUGCUCCUUCGCACGCUACACGGACUGCACUGAGCUGCUGGAGGACGCCGCGGCGGUGGCGGCGCAGCUCUCCGGGGUGGAGGCCUUGCUGGAGAGGCUGAGCCAGGAGCCGGCCACGUCGCAGCUGCGAGUGGCGGGGCUCAAGGCGCUCUUCGAGGAGGGGCGCCUGGACCUGGACUUCUUCUCCAGGCACGCGGCCUCCGCGGCCAUCAAGGUCUGUGAGCAGAUGGUGAUGGAGGCUUCUCAGUACAACUCUGAGAAGGACCCGUCUGAGCCGCCCAUCGACACCACCCGAUUGCACGAGGUGGCAUCUCUGCUGUCGGGCCUGUGCUCAGGCCGGCUGCGAGCCAUGUGCGCCUGAGGCGAUUUCAACGGCCUUGAAGCACUUUGAGUCGCGCCGGUGAAGCGGAUGUCCAACUCGCUGGGCCGAAGGUGUGCUGUGAGAGGUGCUUUGGGGA